AUGGCAGAGGGAAACAGGACUGGGGUGACCGGCCUCCUCCUGAUGGGGCUGUCGGACCCGCCGGAGGUGCGAUUCGGGGCCUUCGAUGCCGUCUACUCGGCCACGUUCCUGGCCAACGAUACUGUGGUGCCAAGCCACCGGAGACCGACGAUCUCGUUGUCCGGGUGCACCCUUCAGCUCUAUUUCCUAGUGGCCCCGGUGGGGAUGGACGUCUUCCUCCUGGCAGUCACGGCCUCUGAGCAUCGCUUGGCCAUCCUCCGCCCUAUCUGCUACGCUGUUCUCACGGACGGGAGGGUUUGCGUCGCACUGGCGGCCGGAGCCUGGCCGGCCCGCUUCCUCAACUCCCCCCUGCACGAGUCCUUCAACUUCCCUAUGACCUUCUGCCCCUCCAAUCGGGCCUGUCCCGCUCUGGCGGUGGGCGGGAUCAGUAUCUUCUCCAUCACUUUAGGCUCCUACAUCCUCGUCGCGGCCGCCACCUUGAAGAACCGCUCGGCCGAGGAGAAGCGCCGGGCCUGGUCCACCUGCAACUCCCGCCAGCUGGCCGUCGGCCUCCUCUACGGCCCCGUCAUCUUCACCUACAUCCGGCCAUCUUCCGGUCACUCUCCCGGAAGCGACGGGUUCGUGGGCAUGCUUUAUGGCGUCCUCAACCCCGUCAUCUACAGCCUGAGGAACGAGGAGGUCAAGGGGCCCUCCGGAAGUUACUGA